ACCCGUUUUAAACAAAGCAACUGCGCGAUUCACGCGACAGGGUGGAUCGUCUUUAAAUGAUCUUCGAUAAAGAGAACUGAAUUGCAUAAUACGUUUUUUUAUUUAGAUUUCCUAUCUUGGUAUUGUGAUUAUGCACGUUUGUGAAGAUAGCUAAGCUUAGACUCCGAAAUCCAAUAUUGUUUUAGUACUGACAUUUUAAAUUGCGUCAAAUUGUUAUCGCUUCCUUUGUCCGUUACUCAAGUAACUUAUCGCUGUCUCAACUGAGCGGAAGGAGGUGCAGCUUUCAGUAAUACGCUGAACCAGAACAAAAGCAAGUCGUAUGUUGACUGUACUGCAUGCUAGACACCCGUGCGUCACUCUGUAUAUGAGUUAUAGACCGACGACAGUCAUCUAGAAAUACGCAUGAAUGAGGUUGCUGGUUACCGUGUUGCUUUUUGAUUAUCAAAGACGAUACGUCAUUGCGAUCUGCGGGGAUUGGCUGGAUUCUGUUCCUUUUCUCUGAAUUUGCAACCACGGCCGGUAUUCGUCUCCGGAUCAGCAGGAUUCCCACAGUUGUAUCAGGGUGGUUCGUGAGGGACUGUGAAAGCAUUCAAUGCAAGAGGAGUUAUUCCAAUAUAGAGUCAUCAGAGAUACACAGGAGGUGUUGUCAUCAACUCUCUGUCUUUUUGGAAUACACUACCGAAACGGACUAAAUGAGUUCUAGGACCUCCGAAAGACUGGCGCCUUCAAUACCACACUGUACCUCAAAUGGGACUGCGCAGACAAAUGGCACCUGCAUUGACCAAGUGGAUCAGUUGUUCCAGACAUUCUCGUCCACAGUUGUGCUUUUCGUGCUCAUUGCAAUGAUCACUGGGAUAAUAUUUGUCUCUCUCACUACCUUUCACUUUCACAAAAGGAAGAUGAAAAAGCGUAAAAUACAGAAAGCGCAGGAGGAAUACGAACGCGACAACUGCAGCCCCAAGACAGGCAAAGCAAAACCGGUGGUCAGGCAAUGCAUAAUGGAGAGACCCGGGAAACGAGCGCCCACUGCCGCGCAGAAAAGUGAUCCAAAUACGCCGGCCAAGGCAGACUCCAGCAUCACAGCCAUCCCAGCGAACGACUCCACAGAAAACACGAGACACAUGGGACAGACACAUGGCGAUCACUUUUUGGAAUCCGUCGCAGUGUCUCGAUAACGCAACAUAAUCCCUUUGUUUGGCACUGUAAAUACAUACCAUGUAUUCGUUUAAUUAUAUUACACGGGUGGAUUCAGAUUAAUAUCUAUACGCAUGAACAUUGAUGAGUGCUCUUCAGCUUCGGGAGGAGCCCUUGGGGGAAGGAUGCAUUCUUCAAGCGAACUGAUUUAUUGUGGUUCACAAGAUAGUAUUUCUAUCUGUGCGGAUUGUAUAGAUUUUCUUCUUCCACCCAUGUGAGUAGGUUACCAUUGUAAAAACAAAGAGUGGCCUAAUUGUGCGUGGGUUAAAUUCGUUGCCUGGACAUCAGCAGCGAUGGAUCAUAUGGAAUUAGCUGUAAUAUAUGACUACGAGUAAGACAGUUUAUUCCCUUUUGUCGGGUAGCCAGUUGUAAGGUGAAAGCGCUCUGAAUUAACGGUAGAGGCGGGUGUCUUAUAUGCCUUGUACAGCAGCUUUGACGCUGUCAAGUAUUUCAAAAAUAAGGAUUAACUGACAAAACAGAUCUUCUCCAUGUGGGUUUCAUCCUUUCACUUCCUUGCGUUUUAUAGCAUUUUUCAACAUGUUUACUUAGUUUUAUGUUUUAAAAACUGCUGUGUCAAUAUUAGGCUAAAUCGUUACCUAAGUUCACGUCACGUAAGAAUUCCCUCCUAACUGAGAACUAUUUCGAUGAGCUGUGGAGCCUUCCGUGCCAUCCUGUCCUGGCAUGAAUAAGUAUAGUAUCCUAACCCCUUUCCCCAGACUGUUAACGCGCAGUUGCAGCUACUAGUGGUAGUAUAGCCUAUUCCUGUUUUGGUCACAGUGCAGUAUUCCGAUAGUGAUAUAUAGGCUAGAUAUAUAUCCACCGGCAUUUCAUUUAUGUAUUACAGCUUUGGAUCAUUGCUUUGUUUUUGCACUUUGCUUAAAGUUACUAUAAAACUAUAAUAAUUUGCUAUUUAGUUAUGCGAUUAUAAUCCUAGGAGUGUAUUUUACAAUCUACAGUGAAUAAAAUAUGUUAGGAAAGUCA